UGCAGCUGGCGGGCGAGAUCGACCUCUCGUUAGACGUUGAUAUGUACAACAUCGACCUUUUUGACGCUGCGACCGGCGAGAUAGAGGAGCUUCGGGAUAGGGACGUCGUUGUUAUCUGCUCGUUUUCGGCUGGAACUUUCGAGGAGGGUAGGAUCGAUUCAGACGAUUUCGAGUCGGACUGGUUGGGGGGCGGGGUGGAGGACGGGUUUGAAGGCGAGAGAUGGCUCAACAUCACGGCUGAGGGAGUGCUUACGGUAAUGAGAGCAAGGCUGGACUUGGCUACGAACAAGAGCUGCCAUGGGGUGGAGCCCAGCAAUGUCCAGGUGUACUUGGAAGAAAACUCUGGCUUUAACAUCACCGCAAGCGAUCAGCUGACGUACAACACGUGGCUGGCGGGGCAGGCGCACGAUCGAAAUUUGUCUGUCGGGCUCCGGAACGAUUGGCUGCAACUGGACGACCUGGAGCCGUCCUUCGACUGGGCUUUGAGUGAAGACUGUCUUUUCCAGGGGGAGUGCGGGGCCUACGAGCCUAAUUUUAUCUCUGCCGGCAAGGCCGUGCUGGACGUGGAGUACUUUCAGUUCGAUCUGGCGUUUUGCGACAACGUCACGGCUUCUGGGCUGGACAUCAUCAUCAAGGACCUGUCACUUGAUGCUAGAAGAUGCAGCUGCCAGAACCCUUCCACGCACAUCGACUGCGACGAGCUCCUUACCCAGAGCCCUACGGUAGCGGCGGACAGCUCAUCGUCGUGGGUUAUCGCCACCGCUGUGGGCGCGUCGUUGUUCAUCAUUCUCGCCGCGACGCUGGUGGGCCUGUGGCGACUCAGAAAGGCAGGGGGCGGGGGCGACGGCAGUAACGGGGGAUGGGUUAAUGAAGGCGACGGGGAGAUAUCCGGGAUAGGGUUGGAUGGCACCAGUUAAAGGGGGGAUGGAGGAGGUCAGGGGCAACCGGCAUGCAACAAGAGAGAAAGCGGGGCGUUCCAUGUCUGUGACGGCGGCAGGAAUCCGGAAUUUCAGCCGGCAUUAGGCGCCAAAGGGUCAAGUAUCUUCAGGCACGCAGCACGGACUCUUUUGCAGAAACACUCAAUCUGCGCGCAGACAAGGGCUACGUGGUGGAGUUUUUUUUGGCGGGGGGGCAUACUGUGUGUUUCAUUCGUCAGACCUAAAACCUUUGUUUUCGCCACAUGGAAGGUGGGAGGAGUUUGCUGUGUGUUCCACGCUCGCCCCAGUGUCACGCCGAGCUUGCAUGGACCCUUGUAUUUCCAGAUUGACCGCGUUGCGGGACGCGCCUUGUUUCCUAGAUCUCGUCACUUUCUCUCUCCUUCCCGUAUUGCGCACACCAAGCGAUUCAUAAUUAUAGUACGGUAACGUUCAUGUUCUUCAGGCGAAGUUCUUGCAAUAGCGAUAAAUACAUGGAGAAGCGAGGUCAUUAUGGUCGUCCCCAUUUUUCUUGGGGUUCGGAAACUUCUCGCCGUCCUCUUCCCAGGCAUUUGUUUUUUGCUUCAACAAAAUAGAUCAUCAAUACCAACCCGUACCACGGUCCUAGGUUGAAGCUGACUAGCGAGUUACGAUAUCGUUGUACACUGGUGGACUUUUUAGCGGGAGGGGUAGACAUCAUCAGACCUCAUUAUUUGUUUUUCUUUAAAGAGAUUUAUUCCUUUCGUAAAACACCAUCCGGGAAUGAGAUCGUGAAUUCAACUGUUAAAUCGUGGAUUUUGUAAAGGAUCAAGCAGCGUGCGUUUGUUGAGGCAAGGCAUACUUUUCUAGGUGUAGACGAGCGCGUUGUUCCACCCACCAGGGAAACGUCUUAUUUUUGUCGACAAGCUUCUUUCUGUCCGUCAAUCGAUGUGCAUUGUUCUCAGAUGGCGAAUUUGUCGGCGAUCGUGAUUCGCCUUCGCUGCGGGUUUCUCGAGGACGGUGGUAGCGAAUGGGGGUAUCGCAAACCAUGGUAGAAUUGGCCCAAGAUGUGUACCCUAGCCGUUUACGGCAUCGGUGAGCCCGAUGUGUGGCGAGAGAUGGUGUGACAGAUUCAGAUGCAGCCGUAUUCUUCUGUCAUCUGUAACUUUCAUUUAACAUCGGUUCAAUCACCUUCUUGCCUCG